GAUUCACACCGAGGAUUGCCAUCAAAGGCCAUGGAUCUCGCCACACGGCUGUUCACCAUUCUGCAAAACCCGCAGUUGGUUGCCAGUUUUCAAAAUUUUUGCGGGGUCGACAGUCAGGAGACAAAGACACGGGUCAGAACUCAGAAAAAAGACUUGUUGUCCACUCGUUCAUCCAAAGUAGACGACCAGAACAAUUGUGCACAAUGCCAGCAUCGCGAGUCCAUUUAUUUGGCGAACGGUUGUGAAAGUAAUGGAAACACGGGUCAGUUAAGAGGAAAUGGGAGGUUGGUCAGUGAAGGAAGCGUCAUCGCCAAGAGGCACCCCGACGAUAACCACAAACUAACGCCGUGCAAAUGCGACCAGCCGCAUGAAAACGGCGUACCAGUCACGAACGGGUCAGUGCCACUAGUUGAGAAAGUCGAGGAGAUCGUAAACGGAGAGCUAACCGAUGAUGUCACCAAUAUACUCGAGCCAGAACAUUGGACAAAUUUUGAAUAUGACUACACUGUUAAGUACAAUAUUCUGUACUACGUUUUUAAGCUCGCCUCAGGUGUGGGAAAUGAGACAUUUUUCACUCUUUUCUUUCCUUAUGUCAUUUGGAACAUGGAUAGUUGCGUUGGAAGGCGGAUGAGUAUGGUGUGGUUUUAUAUAAUGUACGUUGGACAGGCCAUGAAAGAUUUGAUAAAGCUGCCACGCCCGGCAUCCCCACCUGUUAUACGAUUGGAGAAGAGAUACGAGUAUGAGUAUGGCAUGCCUUCCACUCAUGCCAUGAUUGGGUUGGCUUUCCCGUUUUCAUUAUUGACCAUAAUGUACUGGCGUUAUCCAAAUGAGGUGAGGAAAUGGGCCAUUUUGUGAAUUGAAUUUGUAUACACCUUUUAGCUUUAAGUAUUAUUUACUUGCACAUGCAACUUUGUGUAGACCUACAAUGUUUGUUACAGGUUUGAAUCACCAUUCAUCAUGGCAUAAUAAGCCUAAUCAGCAUUUAAAGGGUCUUGGGAGUUUAACAGAUUUA